UGGAAGCAGUGCUAACUUCAAUACAACAUUCAACAUCCGGGGACAUCCAAGUAACAUUAUUUUGAAAAGCGUCUAACCGGACAUUGCUUGUUAUUUUCAUCCUCUUGGUGAUCCUGUUAUCAAGUACCCGGCACCACAGCAAAAACAGUUUCUGGUUCGACUUCAUGGAGACUGCAGGACUCUGUGAGAUUGACGUGGCAACCAGAAGAAUAGUUGGGGGCAAUGAUUCACCAACUGACCUCGACAGCCCUUUUCAGGAGGAGGUUGCUGAGUUUGCCAUAGAAUUGUGUUGCACUGAGGAAGAGAGAGGAGAGACCCCGGGCAGAGAGGACAGUCCCAGAGACCUGGGAGAUGUGGAGCUUGACCUAGGAGGAGAAGCAAAGUCUGGAGACGACAGAAGCUUUGGCGAAGAAGUUGUGUUACUAAUGCAGGCUCUGAACUCACUAGCUACACCUGAAGAAAAACUGGCAGCUCUGUGCAAGAAAUACGCUGACCUGUUGGAGGAAAGUCGUUGCAUGCAAAAGCGUCUGAAGACCCUGCAGAAGAAACAGUCACAAAUUGUAAAAGAGAAGAUUCAUCUUCAGGGCGAGCACAGCAAAGCAAUCUUGGCCCGCAGCAAGUUGGAGAGCCUCUGUAGGGAGCUACAGAGACACAACAAGACUUUGAAGGAGGAGAAUGGCCAGCGGUCUCGGGAGUAUGAGGAGCAACGCAAGGAAGUCAUGCUGCACUUCCAGAUGACUUUAAGUGAUAUUGAGGUCCAGAUGGAGCAACACAGCUCUCGCAACACAAAGCUGAGGCAGGAAAACAUGGAGCUUGCUGAAAAACUCAAAAAGCUCAUUGAGCAGUAUGAGCUCAGGGAAGAGCACAUAGACAAAGUGUUCAAGCACAAAGAGCUACAGCAACAGUUGAUGGAUGCUAAGUUGCAAAGGAUCACUGAAAUGAUGAAGGAAGUGGAGGAUAAACAACAAAGAGAGGGAGACCUUCUGCUGAAAGAAGCCUUGGCAUCGAGGCACAAGUGUGAGCUGAUGAAGGAGCAAGAACUCCAGCUCAAGCAACAGCUUUCUCUUUACAUGGACAAAUUUGAGGAGUUUCAGAGCACUCUGGCUAAAAGCAACGAUGUCUUCACCACUUUCAGACAAGAAAUGGACAAAAUGACCAAUAAGAUCAAGAAGCUGGAAAAGGAAACAACACAGUGGAGGACAAAAUGGGAGAGCAACAACCAGGCUUUGCUGCAGAUGGCAGAGGAGAAAACCUUGAGCGAUGGCCACUUCAAGGCCCUGCAUGGCAAGCUGGAGCUUCUGGAGAGGCUGUGCAGAGCCCUGCAGAAGGAGAGGAACGACCUCAACAACCGGUUGUGCCUCCUGCAGGAGCAAGGUAAUGAAGGGAACCUGGCUCCUGCCGAGGCCCUGCCAACAGCGCUUUUAACAGGGGAGGAUGACGUGCAGGUAGUAGAUAAAAAAGAGAAUGAGCAGCUGACACAGGGCAAGCAUGUCCAUGAAGCUCCCAGACCACCUGAAGUUAAGGGCACACCAUCCCCUGAAACAACAUCCUGCCGGCCAGUAGACGUGGACACGCUGCACGACUGACCGUCUUAGACGUGUGUGCGCACUGAAGUGUUUGUUAGGUGCCACUUACCGAACUUACCAGUGAGACAUCUUCAACGGAGAUGAGAUUUCCUUUCUAAAUUUCUGAUUUGCCUGUCUGUUUUCUACAUGAGGAAUAAAGUUAUUUGUGUGUUCAUGUCAGAAGAUUUAGAUGGUAAACAAUGUUCAUGUUUGCACUGCUUUUAAUAACUACACUUGGUGAGCACUUUGUACUCCCUUUUCUACGAUAACUAUUUUCAUAGGAAAUGUUUUGCAUAGUUAAUUUGGAUUUAAAAUUGAAAAUGUAUUCAUACCUCGCUAUCAUUUUGUUUAAACAUAGAAGUGCUAAUUCCACCUGCCACUUAUCUGAUUGUGAUUUGGAGAGAAUGUACAGUUUCCCGUCUGUCCUCGCCACAGUGUAGUAAAUAUAAUUUACACAGAACGUUAAGAUUGUUUCCAACUUGCACACACGAUUACAUUGAAGUACAUCGCAAUUUUGUCAUCAUUUAUGCUUCUACAUGCUACAAAAAUUGAACUGUCUUUUUGUGAGCAAGCGGUCAGUUUUUGAAAAUUAUUCUUCAAAAUGUUCAUUUGAUUUAUAGCAGAAUUUAUUAUUUUCCCAGCUAUUGGAAUAAGGGAUGUAAAAAUAAACAU